AUGGACGAUUUAAGGCCAAAGUGGAUUCAGAUACUUGCAAAAGCCCGCAUUUCGGAGCCCCUCGAUGUAACACCGGUCCGGAAAUAUGAGUCUAUUACGGAAAUUUCUUUAUCCUGUACCCUCGUAUAUGCUCGCUUCAAGGGCACUAUUGAAGGGGGAACUGAGCUAGUUUGCAUUCCACUCACAGAAGAAUGGCCAGACGAUACUCACAAAAUAGCCUGCGUGAGGGAUGCUCUUCGUAUGAUGGCAGAAACAAUCCCCGUUAACAUGAGGCAAAAGCCCGCUGCUUAUUGCUUAAUGAAGCUUCUUAGCUUGCAGCCCCAACGCAAUGAUCUUGCUUGUCUGCCUCCUCUAUCUGCCGAUUUGUGCCGUCUACGUCAGGACUGCAAAAAAUUACACGAAGGCAAAGCUUCAGUGGAGGAGAUUGUGGACUCAGCGUUGCAGUAUCUUUCGCGAGCAACAAUACUGAAACUAGCGCUGGUGUUCCGUACAUUCAAUCACUGGUCACUCGAUAUCUCGAUGGAGCUGACUGAAUUCCUCCAACAGCCAGAUAUAGAGACAGUUGAGCAUCUGAAAACUCUUUUUCGAGCUCAUUAUGCUCAAGAUAAUGACGAAUUCACUAUAUUUUUUGUAUGGUGGGGAAUCGAGGAGCGUUGA